GGCCAGGAGCGUAAGCGGCAGAUGUCGUUGGGCAUCGCCGGCUUCGCCCCACCUGUCGCGGACGGACUUUGGAGCGGGUGGGAAGCGGAGGGAAGGGGUUUCGAGGCGGGCGGCCGUCAGACCUUGAGCAGCGGCCCCAUUGUGAAGCUGCCAAACUCUCUCUAGUGGUGGAAUCUGCGAAUCUCUGCCAGAAACGAGACGGGAGCGCGAAGGGAAUGAUGGCCCUGUCCUUUUCCCCUUGCAAGUGUUCAUCCUUAGGGACUCCCUGCUUCUCCACCCACGCCAGUUUGCAGACGAGUGGGUUAGUGACUUGCGUUGAACGAAGAUUUGUGUGUGAUGUGUAUGGUUGCCGUGCACAGGUAAAGCUGGAGCUGGGAACUUUUUAAUCGUUUGAGGAGGUUCAGAAGAAUGGAGGCAUAUUGCAGUGAGCUUGUUACCACUAGCCAAAAGAACAAUUCCUGCACAACGUUCCUGAUGUUACUAGACUCGUUAUUUUACAUUGUUUCUCUCGAAGAGCCACUCUGCUACAGUUUAGCGUUGUUAGUUGCUUUAUUUUCUAUAACCCUGUAGUACAGGAUAGACACUAGCGAGAUAGAAAUGACCCUUUCCCAAAGUUUAUUUUUCAGUAAUUUCCAAAUACAGUAUUGGUUAUUCUUGGCAGAAGCUUUUGGUUACUUCAUUAAUUCAAGACCACGAUUUAUGCUUACAAUAUUAUGUUUAAUGAAUGUUUCACAGGUUUCUCUGUUUUUAUUAUGUAACUGUGAAUGCAUUAUAGACUUAAAAUGAGCAGGAUCGUGAGCACAGAGACCUCUUAAUUUGAUAAGAACUGUGUAUAGAAUAUGAGUUUGCUAACAUUUUGGUUUAUUUAAUUGCGCAUGAGGCUGUUACUAGUCACUGUUCCAGGAUAUCAUAUAUGUUUGUUGAUCUUGCAUAACAGUCAGUGAAUUUGCUUGUUUUCUCUGUGUAUUUUGGAGAGCUGUUUUAAAAUGAACUCUUAAAAAUAUUUAAUGUGGUGAGAGUAAUAAAACUUUAUAUACAGGAUUCCAAAUGUCUUUGCUGUUUUAGCAUGAGGGGCUUUGGGUGGGGGAAAGUCUUUUCCUCCAGAGAGAACUUUGAUUUUGUCACCAGCGUAUCAAAAUGAGUAAGCUUUCCUUUGGAAGGUUAGUUGUUCCCACCGGGUAUACCUAUCCCGUUUUGAUGAUGCUUCCUAAGAGGCAAAUUUCUUUUAAAGACUGCAUGCAGACCUGCAGUUCCAGUUACUGUCAGUCAUAUUUGCAGUGAAACUGAGUAUUUUUCUAAAAGUAGAAGGAUGACUUCACGUGAUAAGAUGAUAUGAGUAACCUAGGCUUAAAUUUUACUAGCAGAAAUGGAAAGAAAAUUAAUGCUGCACUUUAAGGGGGUGGAUUGCUAUUAAAGGAACCGAUAUUAGAAAGAGAAACCGAAUUUUUGCCUUACUGAACCAGUUAUGGGUUGUCUUACCACGUUGGCCAGGUUAAGGUCAAGGAUGGUUUCAGGAAAGUCACACCCUACUUAACAACUGUUUUUAAAAACUGUUGAUGAUUUCCUUUCAAGUUGUAAAUGGUAAAGUAAGAUUAUUUGAAAGUAACCUCUGAGAUGAGCAUGUAGGUCCAACUAAGCAUUUUGUUUUCAUUGUGUAUUGUACUGUGACAGUUAAACCAUUUUAUUUCUGCUCAGUGUUCUGUUGCUUUAGGGAUGUUUUGGUCUCUACUUGUUUUGAUCUCUCUUUUACUUGUUUUAAGGUAGUCUGAGACUAGUGGUUACAAAAUAUUUUUACUAGUCUGAAUGGAAUUUUUAAAUAAUGUAAUUUUUUUUCCUAAGCACUUUUUCAUUAUUGGCCUCUCCUUUAAUAGCCACUCUGAGAAUUGUGACAUUUUCCUUUUUUUUUUUUUUUCAUGUUUUGGGAGCUAGAAUUAGAACUCAUAACUUCUACUCUUAUCAAUUUGUUUGCCUAAAGUGUAUCUUGCUUUCAUAAAUAAUCUUUAAUGAUUAGUGGGAUUUAUUUACCAAAAUUCAGAAGGGCUAUGUGCUGUCCUUCAUCUUUAUAAUCACAUGAUUUGUGAUAAGUUUUGUUAAAUUUAUCCUAUUGCUACUUUGUUAGUGAUUUGUGCUGAAGUCUACAAUUUAUGGCUUUUUUUUUUUGCAUAGGGAUUUUGUGUGGACCUGAACAUUACCAUAUGAGACUUUGUAUAUUUUGGGGGAAGCCUCCCUUUUUUGGGUUGCCAGUGCUAUUGAGGUUUACUGUUAUAUGUAUUAAAUUUAUGUAUUUUCAUGUCUAUCUGCCUUCCCUUUUGGCCUGGUCUUUAGUGCCAGUGCCUGUACAGUGCAGGGACAUCUAAUAAGAUUCAAGAAAUAUUGUUGAAUAACUAAAUAAGUGAAUAAUUGACUACCUAAGUGGAUACACCCAAACUCAGAUCUGUAGGACAAGCCACUAUGUAAGCAGAAGGGUGUUUCUUUCUUUCUUUCUUUCUUUUUAUAAACUCAUUGCCUUUCCAUUGUUAUAUAUUUUGAAUAGUAAAGCAAUUAAAAUAGCCAAACGGAGACAUUUUUGAGAGUUAAAGGAGGUGCUGUAAAUAAUUAUGCCAGGAUAUGCACUAUGAAUUGACACAUAUGCUCACCCUACUUUUAAAAGGCUGUUCUUCUUUAUUUACCUGUAAUAAUAACUAUUACCUUACGUGAGAAACUUGACACACUUGCUAGUUAAUGUUUGCAAACUUUUCUAUUUGUAGAAGCUUCACUUGCAGUCGAGUGCUGGGUGUUUUUUUUUUUUUUUGCUUAGUUACCCAUGGCUUUCCUAUCCAGAGGCCUGUAGGCAUGCUUGAUUUAAAAAAAAAAAAAAAUUUUAUUGCUUACAUACAGGUUAAUGUCCCAGAACAUUCUGUCUCACCUUCUUAUAAUAACUGGAAGCAUUAUAUCCUAUUGCCUUUCCUCUGUUUACUGCAGUCUGUAUUUCUGUGCAGCAUUGAGUCCAUCUUCUAAGAAUUUCAUAUCGGUUCUUUUCCUUCUUGCUGACUUUCUGAGAGGAGAUCUAUUGAUGCCUUUCCAAACCUUCAUGUUCAGAUCGUUGGCCAGAAUCAAUUUAUCUGGAGUAGCACAGAAAAAUUAUUAUGCCUGUGUUCCCUUGGGCCUCAUUGGAAAUUGUACAGUGACAUCUUCUGGGAUUUAGUCUGGUAUUAAAUCGGUGUUAAAUCGUAGAUGCCUGAAGAUCGUAUUUGGAUAGUCCUGCCAAACCAGGAAAAUUAUCAUGAAUGUUCUUAGUCAUGCUGUGGAUGGAGACCCUAAUGAGGACAGGAUGGCAGCUGGUAACUUCGCAGUCUUCUAAUGAAGGAAAGUAGAGCAUGCAAGUGGAGGAAUAAGGAGUGUGCAGACUGCUGCCUAAAAUGGAAGUCGAUAUUAAUGGAGAGUCCAGAAGUACCCUGAGCAGCCUGCCCUUCCCCGUGGCCGAGGCCAGCUCCCCAGGAAAGGCCGAGGCAGAGAAGCCCCGCUGCUCCAGCACGCCCUGCUCCCCGAUGCGGAGGACUGUGUCAGGCUACCAGAUCCUCCAUAUGGACUCUAACUAUUUGGUGGGCUUCACAACCGGUGAGGAACUCUUGAAGUUAGCCCAGAAGUGCACAGGAGGUGAAGAGAGCAAGGGAGAAGCUGUGCCUUCCUUGCGCUCCAAACAGCUGGAUGCAGGACUUGCCCGUUCCUCUCGUUUGUAUAAAACCAGAAGUCGGUACUACCAGCCAUACGAGAUUCCAGCUGUCAACGGCAGGAGGCGAAGGCGCAUGCCCAGCUCAGGAGACAAGUGCACUAAAUCUUUACCUUAUGAACCUUAUAAGGCCCUCCAUGGGCCUCUGCCUCUCUGUCUUCUUAAAGGUAAGAGGGCUCACUCCAAAUCUCUGGACUACCUCAAUCUAGAUAAAAUGAACAUCAAGGAGCCAGCUGACACAGAAGUGCUACAGUACCAGCUUCAACACCUAACCCUCCGAGGGGACCGUGUGUUUGCUAGGAAUAAUACAUGAAUGACUUACAGAGCGUUUAAACCAGUUUAGGUCAGCCUGCACUUGGCUAGAAAAACACCCACUGCUGUACUCUGUACAUGACUCUUCACAUUAUAGAUGGUUAUAUCAGCUAAGUGUUCUUGGAACAUAAAAAUUGUCUGGAUAAAAUUUUGAAUACAGGAAUGAAAUCACAGGUACUUGGGGGGGGGAUAUCAUUCUAGAGCACGCAACUGCAAAGAUAACAGAAAUGUUGACCGUUAGUUUGUAUAGCUGUUUAGCUAGGAAAAAAGGCUUUGGUACAGUAAUUUCAUCUUUAUGAUUCUGACGCUCAAAUUGGGAAUGUUAUCUGCUUGGUUGUUGCUGAAUUGGUAUGAUUCAUUAGAAAUUUAUAUCUUAAGAACUCAAGUACUUCUUGAAUCUCUGUAUUUUACUAUACAAUGUAUGUAAUGAUUUGUUUUAUGAAAUUUAGAACUUGAACAUUGCUGAAUUGGACCACUUUUUAUUUUUAAAUAUUGAGUUUAAAUAUUUUAUAACUGGUUUUGCACUGAAAAAUAUUAACAUUUCAGAUUGACAAGAGAAUAAUCUUUCUUUACUUGCCUCAAUAAUAUUAUUGAGCAAUGAAUUUUUUAUUUCCGCAUGGAAAGUUAUUGAUCUCUAUGGCUGUAAAAUAUUUCUUUAUAGCGUUAUUAAAGUGUGUCUUAAUACAAUUAAAUUUGGGAUACAAAGUAUUUAUUUUACAAUGGGGGAGGGAAGCUUUUCCAGAAAGUUUCCAAUAUGAAGUUUUCAUAAGUUGAAAAAAGUCUCCUUAGUGCUUAUUUUCGAAUUUAAAAUUCAUCUAGAACUUUAAAAUGGAAAGGAUUCUUUUAAUUGUGGAUUAUAGGCAUAAUACUGUUUGCAUCUGAAUUUUCUGUAAAUGAAUGGAACUUUAAUAGAGGAUCUUAUGAUUUCUACUAUUGAAUGCUUAAACUAAGUAUGAAGUGAUACCAUUCAGCAUGGCAUCAGGUCAUUCCAGUUUUAGUUCUGUGCAACACAGGCACUCAUUGAAAUUCCAGUUUCUAGGAUUAGUGUAGGAGCCUAAAGUGCUUCUAUAGUUUUAAUGGGUUAAUCCUGGAUUACUUAACAAUUUAUGUCAAUUGCACUGGUUUAAUUUGUUGCUAAAGAAAUAAUGCCCUGGCUUUAGUAACAAAUACAGCUCAACUAUUCUUGAAUAUAUUUUGGGAAAAAAAAUGUAUGUAACUUAACUUUUGUAAACAUUUCUAUUUCUUUUUUUCUUUUUUUUUUUUGACUCUUAAAGGUGCAAUUUAUGACUGAAUUGGCAUUUCUGGCAGCAUAGAACUGCUUCAGAUUUUAUUUUGGGGCUGUGAGUUUCUUAGGUGUUAACAAUCUAGCUUAUAAAAUAAGAACACCUUUUAAUUAAUGAGUGGGUCAUUCCUGGUGCGAUUGUGAUUUUUCUUUAGCCAGAAUGAAUGGCAAACUCUAGAGCAGAGCAAGUAUUAGAAAACCCUAGGAACUCUUAAUCAAUGUUUAUUAUACUUCCAUUCAGGAAACCAUAUGAAAGAGCCUUGGGGAGGUUGGCCCAUAUCUUACUGAGAUGAUCAGAUUUCUUGGUGGGCUAGAAAUUUUUAGCUGUUGUAUAUUUUAAAGUAAAUUGCACCUUUGUAACAUAUUGUAUUGAUGAAUGAUCACUAAGAUUAACUAUAUCUGUACAGUCAUUAGUUUGACAAGAAAUAGAAUCCUGUCAGAUGCCAAAGAGUUGGGAUUUUUACGUUUAAUGAUUAAACACCAUUAUUUAUUGAUGAUUUACCCUGUGGAACUGUAUUAUUUCUAACUAUGAAAUAAAAGGGUGAUGUAAACACA